AGAGAGAGGGAGGGAGAGAAGGUGAAGAGACACACAAACACAUUAGACACCUGUCGCCUGACUGUACAGGUGGAGACAGUGAACAUUGGAUAUCUGAACUUGCAGGUUUCCCUGGAGGACUCCUCUUUAACUGUUUUUCGUUUUUUUUUUUACUUUCUGGACCUUUUACAUUUGUUUUAAAUUAUUUUUUUGUGUUUUGUACUUUGUACUAGUUUACCUUUUAUUUUUACACCACCAGUGGACGUAGUCAAUGGUGUUUAAAUCUCAACACUGAGGAAUAUUUUGAGGAAUAUAAAAACUGUUGGAGGGACUUUUCAGCUGUUUAACCAGUUGACUGAAUACCAUCAUUUAGUGUAAGCUGCGUAGUCAUGGCAGAAUUCCCAUCCAAGGUUAACACAGAGACCGGCUCUUCCAAUGCCCAGACCUCUCAGCAGGGGGGCAACAGCCUCCGAGGACUGGCCUCUAACGUCACCGUAAGGAUGGACAUGACCUUCAUCCAAAGCAUCCCAUCCAUCCUCAUGAUGGUGGAAAUAGUUAUGGGGCUGCUCCACUGGGCACUGAUAGCCAGCGCCUCCUACACAGUGUUACCAGUGUACGGCUGGGUUAUGUUUGUGGCCGUCACUCUGUGGAUCCUCACCACCAUCCUCUUCUUCAUGAUCCUGUUCGGGGCCCAGGAAAAACUCACCUUUGUCCCCUGGCCAUUGACGGUGAUGGGGUAUAACGGCAUAGCAACACUCCUUUAUUUGACCGCCUUCUUGGCCAACGCAGCAUCUGUGCAUCCCUUCAAACAUUCUUAUUUCCACGGACAUUUUGGAGCAGCUGCUUUCUUCGCUGCCGUGGUCACAUUGGCGUACGGUGCCAGUGCUUUCUUCUCCUAUUUGGACUGGAAGGGAGAUGGAGGAAACGCAGCCACCAACUCAGUGCCGACCUAGGACAGAAAACUGUGACGCUUAUCAGGAGAAAGUCAUGUUUUCUCCUCCAAAUUUUUUAAUACUGUCACUCAACCACGACUGCUGACUCUGGGAACCCAGACCUCAGUAGACCUUUCAUUCACAUUAUGGGAACAAAUUGUUUUUCAGCACUGGAUAAUCCAAUCAGGUGUUGCUCAGAUUCUGCAUCCCGACAUAAUACUUUGAUGAAGUGGCUUUGUUGGGUAACUUUCCAGUUGCCACUUGCCACACUCGCUCAUUUCUUGGAUGGGGGAAUUAAUUCAUGUUCCAGCUAUGAAAAGUCAAGUACAUAACCACUGAAAAACUGCAACUUGUGUUUACAAUGAGAACAAGUUAUGACAUGAUAAAGUAAAGCGCUUUAUAUUGGCUGGAAGAUGGGUUUUGUAACCUUACCUAUAGCUGAGCUUACUAGCCAGCUGUGGGCUCACCCAGCGAGUAUUUUUUGAUGAAAAGACAUUCAAAAGAGUUUUCAAUGACUAUUUGAAGACAUUUAUCUAUACAUAGAUUAACCUCUAUUAUUUUGACUGUUUGAAAAUUUGUUGAGAUUUGGUCUCGUUUUCAACACUAAAAUCCCGGUGAGUGCUCACUGGGCACUUGUAAUAUAAGCACUGGUGCGAUCAGCCAUCUUGCCAUUUAAAGUCUCUAUAGAUUGAAUAAUGUCUCUAAAUGUCAAUGUUGGUGUAAAGCUGUAAAGUUAUGUACUUGAUCCUCUUCAUUGAUAAAAAGUUUUGAUUUAACGAUAUGGUUUUGAACUUGUACCAAUGUUUUUCUGACCCUAAGUGUCUCUAGUCUAGUCUACAAACCCCCAAUCAUAAGAAAAUUCCAUCCUCUCCAUCUUUUGCCUACUCCACUUUUCCCUUUAUGACAUCACACAAAGGGAAAACUUCUUGUUUACAGAGCAUUGUUUAUGUUGGUGAGUAAUGCCAGAACAUUGUACUGUGAAGCCCUGACUCCUGUGUGAAAAACUGUGAUUCUCAUAUUAAUUAAAGGUCACAUAUUGUGCAAAUUACACUUUAA